GGUGUGCAUGUAAAUGCCCCAUUUUGGGGGAAAACUCAACUUCCCCUGCGGCUCGUACGUCGUCGCCACCGCUCACGGUGACCAUGAGAAGCUUUCCUCUCCCAAACCUCCUUCAAUCAAUCACGAAGAAGUUGAAGGACGACUCCAUCUUCAGCCGCAACUCCAAUCCCUCCAUCUCUUCGUGUAAGUUCUCCACAACAGAAAACCCUUUAAAUUCCAGUUGCAGUCAGUCUAUUCGAUCUUCAAAUUCACAAAAACCCACUUGGUGUGAAAAUAGAAUCCAAAACGAUCAUCUGGUUAACCCAUUCCGCCUCUCUGAGGUCCUCUCAAAAAAGAACUGGUUUUUUGUCUUACGAACUGAGUAUAAUUCUGGUUUUCUGGAUUCAAAAUCUUUCAUCAGUAUAUUACAGCGACAGCAAGACCCUAGUCACUCACUCAAAUUCUACAUCUGGGCUUUUAGUAUCCGACCAGAGUUGGCGAAGGAUAAGUCGGUUCAAAGAGCACUUUCUGAUAUUUUUUGGAGGAAGGGCCCUGUGGUUUUGUCUAUUGAGCUAAUGAAGGAGAUUAGAGAUUCUGGGCUUCGAAUUACAGGGGAUCUGCUAUGCAUUCUUAUUGUAAGUUGGGGUAGAUUAGGGCUUGCAAAAUAUGCAAACGAAGUGUUUGGACAAAUACACCACCUUAGCCUUAAACCAAGUACCAGAAUUUACAAUUCUGUGAUCUAUGCAUUGGUUAAGGCGAAUGCCCUUGAUCUCGCCUACUUGAAAUUCCAACAAAUGGCAUCUGAUAACUGCUAUCCCGAUCAAUUUACAUACAAUGCCCUUAUCCAUGGUUUGUGCAAGUCAGGGAUAGUUGAGGAGGCACUCAGAUUGGUGAGGAAAAUGCAGAAUUUUGAGACAACAGUAAAUGUGUUCACUUACACAAUGCUGGUUGAUGGGUUUUGUAAUGCAAAGAAGGUUGAUGAGGCAUUUAGGGUUUUGGAUAUGAUGAAGAAUAGGAUGGUUGUUCCUAAUGAUGCUACAUUUCGGUCAUUGAUCCAUGGAGUCUUUCGAUGUUUAAAACCAAUCAGUGCUUACGAGAAAUUGAGUGAGUUCCUAGAAAAAUAUUGUGUUCUCCAUGUAAAUGCUUGUAGCACAAUGUUAUAUUGCCUUUCGAAGGCUAAUAUGGCCACAGAAGCUACUAAUUUUAUUGAGAGAAUGGGAAAGAAAGGUUUUGUUUUGGAUACUUCUACAUUCAGCCUUGUUAUGGCUUGCAUGGUUAGGGUGUUGCAACUAGCUGAAGCCUGUAGGUUUUUUGAUGAUUUUGUUCGUAAGGGAGGUAAACCAGGUUUUAAUACAUACCUUUUGCUUAUUGAACAUUUAUUGAAGGAUGGAAAAGUUGUGGAAUCAAGGAGAUAUCUGAAAAGUAUGGUCAUGGAUAAUAUUUUAUGUAGUAUUCAAUCAUAUAACAUGUUGAUUGAUUUAUUUAUCAAAGCUGAAAUGAGGGAGGAGGCAUUGAAAUUUUUUUAUGAAAUGCCACAUAUGGGUUUUUAUCCGAAUCUAAUAACAUUCAACACACUUAUCAGUGGUUAUUCUCGUGUUGGAAAUAUAAAUAUGGCAAAAAAUCUUUUGAAGAUGCUCUUAGAACAUGGAUUCAAGCCUGAUGUUUUCACAUUCAGCUCCAUGAUAGAUGGUCUUUGUAGAGCCCACCAACUUGAUGAUGCUUUUGAUUGCUUUAAUGAGAUGGUAGAAUGGGGUGUUACACCAAAUGCGGUAACUUAUAAUAUACUGAUUAGAUCGCUCUGUGCUGUAGGGGAUGCUCGCAGAUCAAUGAAGUUGUUCUUAAAGAUGAAAGCCGAAGGUAUUAUACCAGAUGUUUUCUCAUUCAAUUCUCUCAUCACAAGCUUUUGUAAGAUGAAUAGGAUUGAUAAAGCACGGAACCUUUUUUAUUCGAUGGUGAGAUUUGGUGUAGUUCCAGAUACAUAUACAUAUAAUGCUUUUAUAAAAGCUUUAUGUGAUGAAACGAGAAUUGAUGAAGCCAAAGAGGUUGUAUUGGUGAUGAGGACCAAUGGUUGUAAUGCAAAUGAAUAUUCUUAUAAAUGCAUUAUAGAUGCAAUUUAUCGAAAAGGCUGUUUGGAGGAAGCUCAUGAAUUGUUUCGUCACUGUGAAAGCAUAGGUGUUUAUAUUUCUGAUCCUAUUGUUAGAUUUGGUACUCAAAUUAUUGGCACAGAAGAGAAGAGUAAAUUAAGUGCAUUACAAAAGUGAAAACUAUGUUAAUGUAUUGAUCAUUGUAUUGCAUUGAUCCACUUUACCUUGGAUUUAUCUUGGUGGUUGCAUCAGAGAAAGUUGUCCAUGGAAUCAGCAACAACCGGGCAAUCAGAAUAUUCCAAACUUUUUAUGAUCAAUCUGAUACAAAAUGGCACUCUCAGUCAUAGUUUUGGCUGUGGAUCUAGCAGAGGCAAAAUUGAUUAUUUAUAGCUUUAUCCCAGCACAUUUUAUGGCCUAUAUGUGCUCCUGCAUCCAUGGAUCACUACUGAAAAAUAUCUUUGUUCUGGCUCAAGUUUUUAUGAUUCUUUGAUGGAGCUACCCACAAUUCAUGUUCAAAGUGGGGCAUCAUUUGGAGGAAAUGAUGAAAGUUUCUAAAGAAACUAAAAGGUUUUGUUGGGAUAUUGGGGAAGACAACUGCAGUUUUUGGGAUGCUGGAGUACUUGUUUUGACUGAUCAAUGCGAGGUCCUUAUAAUGUUAAUGUGGUUGUUAGGGAUUGCUGGGUUAAUGGCGGUUGGGAUGCUGGAGUACUUGUGAUUUGGUAAGCAAUUCAGAUGCUUAUUUGACUGCAAGUGUUCCCAUUUUUAAUGUUGUUAAGAAAGUUAAAAUUAAAGGUCAUUCUGGUGAUUCUAUUUCUAAGUCUUUUGCAAGUUCUUUUCAGUAUAAUGGUAGGCUUGAUUUACAUUGGGCAUGGAAUUCCUGGAUCAAACAUUCUCAGUCUUUUUGUCUUUUCGAGGUUGCUUCAUCAUGUUAUUCCUAAUGAUGAUAUUUUUUAAGCUUAAAUGUUUAAGGCUGCCUUCUUGUUGUCUUUGUGUAGACAACAUGAGAAAGAGAUGGAACAUAUUUUCAUUAAGUGCUUUUUGCUAGAGGUUUGGAAAAAAUGUUUUCAAUUUUUUGACAUGAAGAUGGUACUAGUUUUUGCUCAUUCUAUUGUUGGUUCUAUUAAUGCGUGGAAGAAGAUUGGUGGAGAUUUAUUUGCUUCUAUUCCUAUUAUAGUUUUUUGGUUCAUAUGGAUGAUGAGAAAUGAGGCGAAGCAUCAUGAUAAAGUGCUAGAUAGUUUCUAUUCUUUUCGACUUAUUAUUAACUUUGUUUUUAAAAUUCUUAAGUUCAUGAGUUUUAAAAAGCCUAUUAAUAAGUUAGUCUUGAAGAUUUUUCACAAGUUUAAUAUUUUUGUGCCUAUGAAGCUUAAUUCUAAUAUUGCUUUGGUUUUUUGGAGGAAACCACGAUAUGGUAUUUUCAAAUUCAAUGCGAGUUGGAAUUCUCACUCGACAGGUAUUGGUGGUAUGUGCAGAAAUUAGGAAAUUGUGAUUCCUGUUUCUCCUAUUGUUGCAGAAGCUGAGGCUAUUAUUAAGGCCUUAUCCCUUGCUAAAACUGUGGUUGGAGCAGAAUUAUUGUGGAAAUGGAUUCUUUGCUUUUGUGGAAGUUGUGUAAUUUACAAACGGAUUACCCUUGGAUCCUUAUUGUGCAUAUGCAGAAAAUUUUUGUUUUACAGCCUUUUUUACAAGUUGCUUGGUCUUCUACUCCUAGAGAAGUUACUAAGGUGGCAAAUUGGGCUUCCAUAUGGAAGUCUUAUUCCAGGUAAUCUCUGGUAAUAACUUGGUGCCAAUUGAGAUGUCUCGGCUUAUCAUUGGUGACUGUUUAGAUAUUCCUUUUAUUAGAGUUAAUCCUUGUUUCUUUUGAUUGGUGUGAGUUGUACUUUGGUGGACGGUUCUUAGGUUUUUUUUUUAUUUUUCUUGAGUGAGUUGUAUUUCCUUUUCUUUUGGAUUUAAUAAA